CCACAGCCGUCUAGCAGAGUGCCUGGCUGGAAGCAGAAACCCACGAGCCAGUGGAGGGGGAAGAGGUGUGUGGACAGAGUGCCGCGUGCUGUACCCGCGUCGCGUCCCGUCGAAGUCAUGGGCGGCACACGCCGGGGGACCCUCGCAUCCCUGGCGCUGCUCGGCCUGUUUGUGCCGGUGCUGUUUGGAUGCCCAGAUGCCUGCCGAUGCUCCUUCACCAGCCUGAACUGCCUGGACCCCGACCGGCUGACCGGUGCUCCUGUGCUGGCACCGCAGGACAGCGAGAACAUCACCGACAUCUACAUUGAAAACCAAGCUGACCUGAGGAACAUCACAGAAUUAGAUUUUGCCAACUAUCGGGAACUGAAGAACUUAACAAUCACUUUCUGUGGGCUGGUUCACAUCUCCACAAAGGCCUUCCAGUACAACCUCAAGCUGCAGUAUGUCAACUUGGCUUCCAACUCUCUGCAGUUCAUCAGCUGGAAGGUGUUCCAUUCCCUUCCCCUGCUGAACCUGAUUUUGAAAGACAACAUGCUCUCCUGCUCGUGUGACCUUUACUGGCUUCAGCAGUGGCAGCGUUCCGGCCUUGCGGACGUCCUGCACCAGACGCUGCACUGUUAUUUCAAUGGAAGCAGCCUGCCGUUGGAGAACAUGGUGAUGGAAAACUGCAAAAUGCCUGAGGUCACCGUUACUGCUUCUCAGCAGACCGUUCGGGAAGGAGGAAACUUAACCUUCCUUUGCCAGGUGAAAGGUGACCCCACACCGUUGGCAAGAUGGCAGACAGAAGGUCUGCAGUCCUAUUACACCUUGGAGGAGAGAAUCUGGGGACCCACACAGGAACUGGUUAUCAGUCUGUUUAAUGUCUCCUCCAUGGACAAUCUCUACAACCUGACCUGUGAGGCUGAGAACCGAGCAGGUCCAGGGGAGGAUGUGGUGAUGCUGGACAUUCAGUUCCCUGUCAAGAUCCUAUGGCUGAGGGAUGCAGAGGCUCAGCAUCACUGGUGCUUCCCCUUCGCAGUGGACGGUAACCCCGCGCCUACUAUCCACUGGCUCUACAACGGCUCCGAGCUGACCGAGUCCGAGUUCAUGUACACCCAGCUCAUCGUGGAGAGGGAUGACGGAUCUGUGCAGCACGGCUGCCUCUUCCUCAAUAAACCCACCCACCUUAACAAUGGCCACUACACCCUCAUCGUGAACAACGGGCUUGGCAGCGACCAGGCGACCGCCACAGGCAUAUUCAUGGACAGCCCCUUUGGACCCCUCGAUCUUGACGGCAUCGUCCCCAUGCAAAGGGAUAUCAAAACUCCUCGCAGCAAAGUCAAUGAUGCCGUCACUGAGAAUCUGGAGAACAGAGUUUUUGGUGUGUCAGUAGCAGUGGGCCUGGCUGUAUUUGCAUGUACCUUCCUGCUGAUCAUGGUCCUGGUCAUCAAUAAGUGUGGGCAGCACUCCAAGUUCGGCAUCCACAGGGCAUCUGUCCUAGGCACUGAGGAGGACCUUGCAGUCUCACUUCGCUUCAUGAAUUUUGGGAGCAGCACCCCCACUGCAGACAAGGGCACCCUUGAGUCCGGACUGUCCAGCUUUGUGGAAAACCCCCAGUAUUUCUGCGGCAUUAUCAAGGAUAAGGACAUGUGCGUGCAGCACAUUAAGAGGCAGGACAUCGUGCUGAAGUGGGAGCUGGGAGAGGGCGCCUUCGGCAAGGUUUACCUGGCAGAAUGUGCCAAGCUGAGUCCCGACGGUGAUAGGAUGCUGGUUGCCAUUAAGACUCUGAAGGACGCCAACGAGUCGACGCGGCAGGACUUCCAGCGCGAGGCCGAGCUGCUGACGGUGCUGCAGCACGAGCACAUCGUGCGUUUCUACGGCGUCUGCACCGACGGCGAGCCCCUGGCCAUGGUCUUCGAGUACAUGAGGCACGGAGACCUCAACCGCUUCCUGAGGGCCCAUGGACCAGAUGCCAGGAUGCUGGAGGAAGUGAAGAUACCCCCCCCUGGGCAGCUCACCCUGCCGCAGAUGCUGCAGAUCGCAGCUCAGAUCGCCUCAGGCAUGGUCUACCUGGCUUCUCUGCACUUCGUCCACCGGGACCUGGCUACACGAAACUGUCUCGUCGGGGAAGGUCUGGUGGUGAAGAUCGGGGAUUUCGGCAUGUCCCGGGACAUAUACAGCACUGAUUACUACAGGGUGGGCGGGCGAACCAUGCUACCCAUACGCUGGAUGCCCCCGGAGAGCAUCAUGUACAGGAAAUUCACCACGGAGAGCGACAUCUGGAGUUUCGGCGUGGUCCUCUGGGAGAUCUUCACCUACGGAAAGCAGCCCUGGUACCAGCUCUCCAACAGUGAGGCAAUAGAGUGCAUCACCCAGGGCCGGGAGCUGGAGAGACCUCGAACGUGUCCCAAAGAGGUGCACCUCCUCAUGCAGGCCUGCUGGCAGAGGGAGCCCCAGCAGAGAAUGCUCAUCAAGGACAUCCACAGCCGGCUGGUGGCUUUGGUCAAAAGCCCACCGGUCUAUCUGGAUAUCCUGGAGUAGAGGUGUGAGGAGGGCCUGGAAAGAGAGGGCUGGGGUCAGGUGAGGGGGGGGGGUGAGCUUGGUGCAAAAAUCAUGCGAGAAAAAUCGGACUGAUCUCCUCUCCAGCUCUGGCCGUCCCUAAUCCAGGAAAAACACUCGAGAACCAAGAGCGAUUCAACAGAACAAGUUCUGAAGAAGUAGAAAGCCUCACGUAUUCCCCUAAGUGGGUGAGGUCGGGCAAACUGUAUGGAUUUAUGUUAUUUUUAAGGUGGAACUCGGACUUUUGACAGUACCUAGAGGAAACAAUACAAUAUAUAGGGUGAAAAUGUGAAAUCAAACGUUUUUGGCAAAAAAAAUAUUUAUUCCAAUAGAUUCAUAUUUAAGAUCUUAGCCAUUUCUGCAAGCAUUAAAAAUGGAUUGGCCCUUCUAAAUCGAGUCCAAAAUGUUCAACAUUUUGAGAAGUUAUGUUAUAUAUCCAUAAUUAUUUAAUAUUCAGUAAAUAGUUAUUAGGAUGAUUAUUAUGGAAACAAGCCAGAAUUUUCCAUUUUUUUAAUCACCAGUCUACUUUAAUUCUACAAAAGUUAUUUCUUGUCAAAAUCUUCACCGCGUAUUCUUCAUCCUUCUGAUACUGAUAUUACCUAGUAACCGGCCACAAAGUGCACUUACCCACGUCAAACAUUUUUUAAUUAGAGUGUGACUCUACACUAUAACUCACAUACAGCAGGUUGCAUACAUGCGCGAGAGCUGUGCACGGAGUCUGAGAACAAGCAACCGAUGAAAGCGAGGAAAUCUGGGAACCCCUGACUCUGGUAUAUUUGGAGACGUUUACUAAAAUGUACAUAAUCUUCCCUUUUUUUAAUAGAUAACCCUUGAAUGGAAUGUUUUACAAUCUUGUUAAAGAGUGCCAUAAAUGCAUGUUACUAAACCUACGAACUCAUAUCCACCUGUUGAGAAUGACAAAAGCUGAACUGUACAUAGUCCGCACCUGCAGUGCGACACAUGGUUCUGUAACUUUAGUAUUU